AUGGAAAGCACCAAGGCUGGAGGUAGUGACAGCGAGAGUUCUUCAGAUGCUCAAUCACCCUUCUCUUCAGAACCUGUGCCUGAGCAAACCGGAACAAAUGUUGAGAACUGUGCGACAGAAAGCAAUGCUAAUAACAAGAGAGGAGAACCGUACGAUGACUCCGAUGACGACUGGUACGACAAUGAAGACACUUUGAUCAAAUUAGAGGAAGGGAAUGUGGUUGUGGGGUGUUAUAAGUCGUCAACACAGUUCAAUCGUAAUGAGGCAAUUGACUAUUUCCAGCGACAGUUAGCAAAAAUGUCUUCUGAUCCUAAAUAUUGGAAGGUGGAUGAAUGCGACAUGCUUCCUUUGAAGAGAACAACACCAGCGACGUUUAGGAUUUAUUGCCCUGCUCCAUUUGCGGACGGGCGGGUCACCAACAUUAUUACUGUGCUAGUCGAUCCUGCAGCUUUUGUGGUGAAUUUGGGCACGACUACCGAGAAUGCUCAAACUGGACGUUCUUUCAGCAUCUGA